GAGAGAGAGAGAGAGAGAGAGGGGGAGGGGAGAGAGAUGCAGAAGAGAGAGCUGGGCAAGCAGAGCGGAGCUUCGGGCGGCUCCGCCACGCCGGCGGCGAAGAGAGGACGACCAUUCGGCAGCGGAACCAGCAACGCUUCUGCGUCGGCCGCAUCAGCUGCGGCCGACUCCGCGGCGCCUUCAACAUUUCUCGGUCCCUCUCUUCAAGUCCACUCCUCAUUCGCUGAUCAAAAUAACAAAAGGAUAGUCCUGGCUCUGCAAAGUGGAUUAAAGAGUGAGCUGACAUGGGCAUUGAACACUCUCACAUUGCUUUCAUUCAAAGAAAAGGAUGAAGUUCGCAGGGAUGCAACACCUCUUGCAAAGAUACCUGGGUUGCUAGAUGCUCUUCUCCAACUUAUAGAUGAUUGGCGUGAUAUAGCAUUGCCAAGGGAGCUUGUCAAGACACCAAGGGCCAGACUCUUAGGUGCAAAUGCUGUUGUGACAGGGUUUGGGAAUGAGUUUGAGGCUCUGAAGUCAAAUGAUGCUGGUCUGAAUCCUAGUGUGGGAUCUGGUGCUUCUGUUACAGAGGCAUCCUUGCAGAAGAGUACAAAUAAAAAUCAUCCUUCUGAAUGGUGGUUAGAUGAAGAUGGUCUAUUUAAUCUGGAUGAUGAAGGGCGUGCAGAGAAGCAACAAUGUGCUGUUGCUGCUUCAAAUAUUAUACGCAACUUCUCUUUCAUGCCUGAAAAUGAAGUCAUAAUGGCCCAGCACCGUCAUUGUUUGGAAACAGUGUUCCAGUGCGUUGAAGAUUAUGUUACAGAGGAUGAGGAACUUGUCACAAAUGCCCUUGAGACCGUUGUAAAUUUAGCUCCACUCCUGGAUCUUCGUAUUUUUAGUUCAACAAAGCCCUCAUUCAUCAAAAUAACGGAGAAACGUGCAGUCCAAGCUAUCAUGGGAAUGUUGGGAUCUUCUGUCAAAGCCUGGCAUUGUGCAGCUGCAGAGUUACUGGGCCGUUUAAUAAUCAAUCCUGAUAAUGAACCUUUCAUCCUUCCUUUUGGCCCGCAGAUCUAUAAGCGUUUAGUUGAUAUUUUGAGCUUCCCAGCCGUAGAUGCACAAGCAGCUGCUAUUGGGGCACUUUAUAACCUUGCAGAAGUCAACAUGGACUGCCGUCUGAAGCUUGCAGGCGAGCGUUGGGCAGUUGAUCGGCUGCUGAAAGUGAUCAGGACACCGCAUCCAGUCCCAGAAGUUUGCAGGAAAGCAGCGAUAAUACUGGAGAACCUCGUAUCAGAACCACAGAACAGAGCCCAGCUUCUAGCUUAUGAAAAUACCUUUGCUGAAAUACUUUUCUCAGAAGGAAGAUAUUCUGAUACAUUUGCUAGAAUCUUAUAUGAAUUGACCUCUCGACCAAGCAACAAAGUGGCGUCAGCUCGUGGUGUAUGGGGUAUGUGAUGCCAACCCUGGCGCUCACCUGCAAUCUUUUGCAAGUUUGGCUCUUGCUUGCACACUGUUGUCUUGUACGGUCACGUAGUUGACAUGUAAGUGUAGGUGUUUUUGGUGCAUGACUCUGAUUGUUUACACCUCUGUGCAUAAUUUAUUGUUCAAGCUCAGUGAUGAUGAACUGAAGAUAGAACAAGAAACAGUAGUCGAUGAAUCAAGGAAGGGAGUUAGUCAUAUUA